AUGACAUCACCCGCCGAAACCACUCCGACGCACGAAUCCCCUACGGCAUUACCAGUUCCUGCCCCAGUUCGCCGUGCCGACGUUUCUCGCAGUCCUGAUUCCCCAUCCCAUCACUCGCAUAUCGAUGAGGACAUUACGGACCUAACAGAAACCGUUCGCAUGUUGUGCAAUCAGCUCACGGACCCAGUCUCUCAUGCUGUGCAUCACCACGUCGCUACAAAAAACAAACCUGUCCACUUUCAACCACGACGACUCAACUCCGACAAACUCCGUUUCGCACGACUUGAAUUCGAACACAUAAUGUAUCUUGGCAUCAUUCGACCGUCUUCAAGCCCAUGGGCCUCACCUUUGCACAUGGUUCCGAAAUCAUCUGGUGACUGGAGACCCUGUGGAGACUACCGUGCUCUCAACAACGUCACCGUCCCCGACAGGUACCCGAUCCCACACAUUCAUGAUUUUGCACAGAAUCUCUCUGGGAAGACAAUCUUUUCCAAGGUUGACCUCGUUAAGGCAUAUCAACAAAUCCCCGUGGCCGAAGAAGACAUUCCCAAGACAGCCAUCACCACGCCUUUUGGCCUGUUCGAGUUCAUUCGCAUGCCAUUUGGAUUGAGAGACGCUGCCCAGACGUUCCAACGAUUCGUCGAUGAAGUACUUCGAGGUUUACCGUUCGCGUUUGGCUACAUCGACGACAUCUUAAUUGCCAGCGCCUCUCCAUCAGAGCAUGCCAGCCACUUGCGUCAAUUCUUUCCACGUUUCCAACAAUACGGACUUCAGCUGAACCCUAGUAAAUGCGUGUUCGGAGUUCUGUCCCUCGACUUUCUCGGGCACCAUAUCGAUCAAAUCGGUUUGACAUCCCUCCCAGAUAAGGUGCGCAGCAUCCUGUCAUUUCCUGCACCUCAAACGAUCACACAGUUACGACGUUUCUUUGGAAUUUUAAACUACUACCUUCGCUUCAUUCCUCAUUGUGCGACCAUCAAUUCACCUUUAACCGAUCUUCUCAAGUACAACGUCAAGGCGAUCGAUUUCACUCCCGAGGCCGAGACAGCUUUCACAGAAGCCAAAAAAGCUCUCGCAGAUGCCACCAUGCUGCACCACCCACAUUCGGAUCCAAAUACUGAUGCUUUACCAAAUAGUGGACAACCAGUUACAGCCACUAGCGUUCUUCUCGCAAAAACUCCAGGCGGCACAGACAAAAUACAGCACGUUUCUCGUGAACUCCUGGCCAUUUACUUGUCCAUCCGACAUUUCCGUCAUCUUUUGGAAGGACAACAAUUUCGUGUGCACACUGACCACAAACCCCUGACACACGCACUUCAUGCCAAGCCUGACCGACAUUCACCCAGAGAUAUCCGCUAUUUGGAUUAUAUUUCUCAGUUCGCAACAGACAUCCGCUACGUGCAUGAAGUCGAUAAUGUUGUGGCUGAUGCUUUAUCCAGACCUGACAUCAACACGGUGCAGACUAAAUUCGAUCCUACGGAGCUGGCAAACCUCCAGCGUGAUGAUCCAUCUUUGCUCCAACUGCGCACAUCCUCCACACUCCAGCUCAAGAAUUCUCCCCUACCUUCAACCGAUGGCACAGUCCUAUGUGACUGGUCUACAGGUGAGUAUGUUCAACCCAGCACCGAUGCCAAUCCUAACGCAUCCCAAUUUGUCCCACAACUCGAAGACCGUAUGUCACAUCUUCGUCCCAUACCCACUCGCUCGUCAUCCACACACGUUUUUGUACAUAAUGAUCUAUGUACGUCACCUUUCGUUUUUAUUCGUAACGAUUCUAUUCGCAAACCACUCACACCACCUUAUGAUGGUCCAUUUAAGGUACUUAGUAGCACAGACAAAUAUUUGGUGGUUCAGAAAGCCGAUAAGCCAGACACAGUUUCCAUUGACAGACUGAAACCCGCGUAUUUUGAUACACCUCCGUCACCAGCAACACCGACACUAUCACCAUCCACAGAAACACCACCAACACAUCCUGUUGAUGAUCCACCCUCUAUCAUCACACCAGACACUACACCACACCGGCCAGCACCACCACAGCAACAACCUUCCCUGGUAACCCGCCGUUCCGGCAGAAACGUUCGACAUCCUGUGAGAUUUAAAGACUUUGUUAGUUGA